CAUUAAUUAAAGAAAUCUAAAAUGGAAGAGAAAGUGUACAUAUCAGAAGAAGGAAUGAGAUAACUAUUAAAGGAAUUUGAUGCCAAAGACCCACUUAAAAAUGUCUUAUGGACUACAAAUUAUAGAAUGGAAUUACCAAUAAGAGUAAAAAAAUAAGGUCCAGGAAGUGAAAUACCAAUUACUCUUCCAGAACAAUUUAAAAAUGAUUGCACUUAAUUUGCCUAAAAGCCUGCCUUAAGUGUCAAGAGGAAUAAUAAAUGGUAAUGAAAAUAUUGAAUAAAUAGGAUUACAAGAACAUAUGAGGAAUAUUAUAAUGAAUCAAUGUAAUUUGCAAAGGCUUUGAUUGCUUAUGGAGUAACAGAAAUGAGUGCAGUAAACAUAAUAGGUUUCAAUGCUCCUGAAUGGCACAUAUCUUUUAUGGGAAGCAUUCAUGCUCACAAUUUACCUGUUGGAAUUUAUACUACGUAAGAUAUAAAAUUAAUACGUAUUUUAGAAAUAAUCCAGAUGCAUGUUUCUAUGUCUCUGAUCAUUCUGAAUGUGAAUUAGUAGUAGCAGAUACUAAAGAAUAAUUACGCAAGUAUUUGAAAAUUUGGGAUAAAUUGCCUCGUCUUAAAGGAGUUGUAUUGUACAAUGAUGAUAUUCCAACCUCUGAAAUCCCUGAAUAAAGAAGAUCAUAAGUAUUCAAAUGGAAAGAUUUUAUUGAAAUGGGCAAAAAAGCAGAUUUAAUGGGUUCAGUUUUAGAAAGAGUAUCAAAAUUAAGACCUGGAAAUUGUGUGACAUUAAUUUAUACAUCAGGAACAACAGGCAAUCCAAAGGGAGUUAUGUUAUCACAUGAUAAUUAUGUGUUUACAAUUACUUAACAAAAGAGAAAGUAUGUGAUGUAAGGCAAUGGUGAAAUGAGAUUGGUAAGUUAUUUGCCUUUAAGUCAUGUCGUAGCAUAAUUGAUAGAUAUAAUUGGUUUUGCUAGAUGGGGAGCACAUUUAUACUUUGCAAAUCCAGAUGCUCUAUAGGGUUCCCUUAUUAAUACUCUUAAGGAGGUCAGACCUACUCUAUUCUUUAGUGUACCUAGAGUUUGGGAAAAGAUUUAUGAUCAAAUGUAAUAAAUAGCAAAAUCAAAUGGGGCUAUUAAAACUAAAAUAGCUAAUUGGGCCAAAUCAAUAGGUAAAGAAGGUACCUUUGCAUAAACUCAUGGUCUCAAACCUCCUCUUUGUUUUGGAUUGGCAGAUAAAUUAGUGUAUGCAAAUGUUAAAAAAGCUUUGGGAUUAGAUUAAGCUCAAUAUAUGAUAUUUGGGGCAGCUCCAUUAUCCCCUAUCAUUAGAGAAUAUUUCUUAACUUUGAAUAUGUAUUUGAUCAACGGGUAUGGUAUGAGUGAAUGUGGAGGAGUGUAAAAUAUGGCAGAUCCUUUUCACUUUGAUAAAUUUGAUGAAUUAUUCAUUAAUAGUACUGGUAAGCCAAUGGAAGGAACUGAAUUAAGAAUAGAUAAUCCAGAUAAAGAUGGAAAUGGAGAAAUCUGCUAUAGAGGUAGACACAUCUUUAUGGGUUACUUUAAGGAUGAAGAUUCAACUAGGAAUACAAUUGAUAGUAAUAGAUGGUUACAUUCAGGAGAUGUUGGUAAAAUUGAUAAGAAUGGUAACUUGAUGAUAACUGGAAGAAUUAAGGAAUUGAUCAUUACAGCAGGAGGUGAAAAUGUAGCUCCAGUUUUAAUUGAGGAUGAGGUGAAAAAGAAUAUUAAGAUUGUCUCAAAUUGUAUGGUUAUCGGAGAUAAGAGAAAAUAUUUAUCCAUUUUAUUAACAUUGAAACAUUAAUUAACACCUGAUGGAUAGUAAUUAUAUUAAUAUAAACUAGGCCAACUGAUAAAUUGAAUGAGGAUGUCAUUUCUGUAUUCAAGAGUCUUGGUUCUUCAGCCACUACAUUUGAGGAAGCCAAAAAUGAUAAAGCUAUCACUAACUAUCUCUAGUAAUUGAUUGACGAAACCAAUACGAAGUAAUGAAUGAUUUAAUAAUUCAAGGGUUAUUUCUAAAGCUCAGUACAUUAGAAAAUGGACUCUGAUUCCUGGGGACUUUAGUGUUGAUGGAGGAGAACUGACACCAACUUUGAAAUUGAAAAGAAGAGUAGUAGAGUAGAAGUGGCUUGGUGAAAUUGAGAAAAUGUACUAAGAUGCCAAAUUGUGAAAAUAUUAAUAAAAUAUAAAUAAAA